AUGCACUCCGCUCUCAAUCGAGCGCAGGCCGUCUUUGGCUUUUUCACCACAGUGGCUUUGUUCGUGGCCGGCUUUGCUGCUCUGUCUGUGCUGCUAUAUCCCACAGAUGCCACGACGGCCGAGGUAUCUCUGAAAGACGUUAAAAUAACCAAGGGACGGCCCCAUUACUAUUCAACGAAGAAGGAGGAAUACGCCCAGAUCAGGUUCGAUCUGGAUGCCGACCUCACCCCCCUCUUCAACUGGAACACCAAGCAACUCUUCGUCUACGUCUACGCCUCCUACUCCUCCUCCGACAAGGACUCCACCCUCCUCCCCAACUCCGAAGCCAUCAUCUGGGACACCAUCAUCGAGGCCCCCGAGUCGCCGUACUCCUUCGACGCGCUGCGCGAGCGCUUCUUCCCCGAGAAACCCAACAGCCGCAACAGCCGCGCGAAGAAGCGCACCCCGCCCAAGAAUGCGAAGAAGGACGCCGCCGCCCCCGGCGUGCUCCGUCUGCGCGGCCAGCGCGCAAAGUACCAGAUCGGCGAUAUCACCGGCCGGCUCGCGGAGCGGUCCAAUGUCACCCUCUCCGUCGGGUGGAAUGUGCAGCCCUGGGUCGGUGCGCUGUGGUGGAGCCCUGCGACGGGGACGGCGCCCCGGACCGGGGGUCAGGUGGUCUCGAGUAAACCGUUUGAUUUUCCGGCGCUGAAGAAGAAGGCGCCGCCUAAGGAGGCGGAGGCGUCUGUUUAG